AUGACAUAUUUAGAUUUGUCAUCUAACCGUUUACCUGGUCUAUCGGAUGAAAUGCGUGAAGAGCUAAAGAGAUUAAAAUUUGAUAAUCCACAAUUUCUAGUAGAUUUAUCUAAUAAUAAGUUUCAAUUUAUCUGCACGUACGUUCAAAGUCUGCAUUUCUUGGUGACCAACACACAAUUGUUUGAGACCGUAGACGAAAUGAUGUUCAGAAAGGAAGACAAUACUUAUUUAAACUACAUGGAGAUGGUUGCACAACUUCCAAGACUGACACAAAACUGUCAGAUAAAAGAAAUCUUCAGCUUUGUGUUGACGAUAUUUUUCAUCCACCUCAUGUGUUUGCUUGUUCUGGCCGUGUUUUUCCAUUACCGCUGGAAGCUGAGGUACCUCUACUUUAUUGGUCAACGGAGGCUGCACAUCGGUGGACGUUUAGUCAACUACAACCCACAGGUUGAUGUCUUCAUUACCUAUGAUGAGGGUGAGCCUAGAAUCCGACAGAUUGUAGGAAAUAUGAUCAUACCAUUCAUGAGAGAGAAGAACAUCUCUUACAUUUUAGGAGAAGUGGACUUUCCAGGUGGGGACAUGGUGUCACACAUCAGUGGAGCUAUAACUGGCACAAGAAAAACGCUGGUCUUGUUGUCUGAAGAUCUUUUCUUGGAUCACUACCGAGAGUAUGAGAUGAACCUGGCCAUCAUGCGAGAGUUCAAUGUACGAGGUCAGGUUAUCGUUCCUGUCUUUGUUGAGAGGGUCGACUUGAAUACAUACCCACCUGAAGUAGAAACUUAUUUAAGGAAUCAGCUGUACAGGUGUCUGGUCUACAGAAAUAACCAGACUUUCUGGACACUUCUGGGUCAUGCUAUUAGAAAUGAUAAGUAG